GGACCAAUGGUGCAGAACUCAUAAAGUUGAAGGACUAUUUGUGGACUUUUGAAACUUGAAGGACCAAUCGUGCACAACUGAUAAAGUUGAAGGACCAAUGGUGGAUUUUAGCCACGAGGAUUAUUUGGGUCUUCUCUCCAAACUACAGCAGCGUACUACUGUUUUGGAUUAUCAAACUGAAUUUGAGCGCUUAUUGAACAAGGUUACUGGAGUUUCUGAGGCCACCCUAAUUUCUAUAUUUGUUUCUGGAUUAAAGGGUUAUUUACAUCGUGAGGUUAAUAUGCGUGGUCCUACUACUUUGAGCCAAGCCUUCGGCCUUGCUCGGAAGUUGGCCGCUAACCAUACUGAUGCUUUGUCUUCAAUUACCUCUGGUUUACGACGCACUGGAAUGGCUUCUACGUCGGUGACACCCCUGCCGGCGACUGCCCGAUUGCCAGGGGAGGCCUCGGUGGGUAUGGGCACAACUCCAUCCUCUUCGUGCUCCGCAUCUACGACACUGCCCAUUCGUCGUCUUACACCUGCCGAAAGGGAGGAACGGUCCGCGAAAGGGUUAUGCUUUAAUUGUGACGAAAAGUUUGCUCCGGGCCAUCGUUGUAAACACCGCUUUCUUGCCUUAUUGGGAACAGAAGAUGAGGAUGCCGAGACUCCACCAGAUGACGACGUCCUUGUGAUCACGGCUGACGUCUCAAGCAUCAUCUCCCUGGAUGGUGCUCCCCACCGCGGGCCCUUCAUCUCCUGGAGCAUGCAACAGCGCAUGUGCAAACAAGCAAACAAACACCGGCGGGAGGUUACUUUUGAGGUCGGAGACCAGGUGCUCCUCAAGCUACAGCCGCACAGUCAAUUCUCUGUAGCCCGGCCACUCGCCGCUAAACUGGGUCUUAGAUUUUAUGGGCCGUUUGAAGUUCUGGAACGUAUUGGGGCCGUCGCCUAUCGGUUGAAGCUACCUGUGGGGACCAAAAUUCAUAAUGUUUUCCGUGUUUCACUUUUACACCCAUUCGUGGCCUCAAGCGUGCUACCUCCACUGGCUACUUUGCCCAAGGAAUUUCAUGAGGGGGCACCUCUGUCCACUCCAGUUCGGGCAGUCCAGGCACGCACAGUCCUUGUUCAUGGGGUGCCGCAAGAUCAAUGGUUGGUGGUGUGGUCUCACGGGAGUUUGGACGACGUGUCAUGGGAACCUGUGGAACACCUUGCUCGGGUCUACCCCGACUUAGUCCUUGAGGACAAGGACGUUGUUGAAGCGGGAGGCAAUGAUACGAAUCAGGAUGAGGAGGUGGUUACCGAGUUCGUGCCGAGACGUGUGAGCAAAGCACCGGCCCGAUUGAAGGAUUAUGUUUGAAGCAUAUUUGUUAUUUCGUAUUUUAUUUAUUUUAUUUAUUGUAUUUUAGAUUUUCUUAGGCGAGCGAAAUUAUAAGCUCUUUCGAGGGUUUCUUUUCGGUUCUUUACCUCGAUGCUUUUCUUGAACCGACAGGACUAGGUUUCUUG